AUGCCCGACAUUAGAAGUUUCUUUGGUGGAGGCGGCGCAGGAGGCAAGCCCGCAGCGAAGGGCGUCGACUCGGGGCCACCUAAGAAGGAUACUGCGGCAUCGAACAAAACUUCUAAACAACGUGGAAGACCACGCAAAGUCGUCUCCGAUGAUGAAGAUGAGGAUGAGGUUGUCGAGAUCAAGCCCAAGACAUCUUCAACGCCCAAAGCAAAGAAAGUCGUCAAGGAACCGGUAGAAGAGGAGAUUACAAGCUCAGCUUACUUUGCAUCCUCGAAGGCCAAGCGCGGCAAGUCCACGCCGACCAAACUAAAGACCUCGGACACCAACGGAACCGCUAAGACUCCCUCCAAACCAACUGCUAGCGGAACACCUACCAGUCGAAGGUCGGCCAGGAAGACUGCGGCAAAGAGUUAUGCCACAGAUGAUGCAGACAUCUCGGCCACACUGCUACAAGAUGAUGAUGAGGGCCACGAUGAUAUCUUUGGCGACUUCAAGAGCCGGAAAAUCGAUGAUGAUUACGAAGAAGGCUCAGAUCCAGAUGAAGUGGUCCCCAAGAAAAAAGAGAACAAGGCCGUCAACGGACAUUCCAAGAAACCCUUAGUAGACGAGGACGAUAGCGACGGCGUGGAAAUGGCCGCGAUACCUGCAUAUGACGGGCCUGGCGAUAGGAAAAAGAGGGCGGCUGCGGCACCAUCUAGUCGCAAGCGGAAGUCGAAAGACCUGGAGGAUGAUGAAGAUGAUUUCCUUGAUGACGAUGAUGCUACUCCCAAGAAGAAACCGAAAAAGACGACCGCGACACCAGCAUCAAAACCACGUGCAUCCGCCAAAAAGGAGGAGCGGGAGGAGAGCAAGGAGAUUCAAAAUAUUCUUUCCAGCAUUCCGACCGUUCGACCUCCCACACCACCUCCCAGAGACGAGAACAAGAAGUUUACGUUCCACCCUGGUGGUGGUAAUGCUAGCGCUGCACCGCCAGCCGCAGGUACCGCAGAAAUCCCUGUGGGAGCAGAGAACUGUUUGGCUGGCCUGACUUUCGUCUUUACCGGCGUCUUAAAUACCUUGGGCAGGGACGAAGGGCAGAAUCUCGUGAAGCAAUAUGGUGGUAAGGUUACGGGCGCCCCGUCCAAGAAGACCAGCUACGUUGUCCUCGGCAGCGAUGCAGGACCAAAGAAGCUUGAAACUAUACAGAAAUUGGGCAUCAAGACCAUUAACGAGGAGGGCCUCUUUGAGCUGAUCAGACGUCUACCUGCCAAUGGGGGAGAUGGGAAAGCCGCUGAAGCCUAUGCGGAGAAACAGGCCAAAGAAGAAGCCAAGAUUCGCAAAGAAGCAGAGGAGAUGGAACGACGAGAAAAGGAGAAACGGCAAGAGGCCGCCAAAGCUGCCAAAGCCACUGCUGCCCGAACUGGUGCUUCAGUCCCGACAAGCAAACCAACCAAACCAAAGGCUGACGACCGUCUGUGGGUGGACAGAUACGCUCCCGACUCUAUCAGCAGUGUUUGUGGCAACAAGUCUGCCGUGGAAGGACUACAGCGGUGGCUGCGCAACUGGCAAAAUAGUGCAAAGUCCAACUUCAAGAAGGCCGGUGCGGAUGGAAAAGGCGUCUUCCGUGCAGCAUUGCUUCAUGGACCUCCAGGAGUCGGAAAGACGACCGCUGCUCACUUGGUGGCCAAACUUGAGGGCUAUGAUAUCGUUGAAAGCAAUGCGAGCGACACGCGAAACAAAAAGUUGCUGGAGCAAGGCUUGACUGGGGUUCUGGACACGACAUCCCUACUGGGUUAUUUUGCUGCAGAUGGGAAGAAGGUUGACCCCUCAAAGAAGAAAAUCGUUCUGAUCAUGGACGAGGUUGAUGGUAUGUCGGCUGGUGACCGUGGUGGCGUGGGUGCCUUGGCUGCUGUAGCCAAAAAGACCCAUGUGCCCAUGAUCCUGAUCUGCAAUGAACGCAACUUGCCCAAGAUGAGGCCCUUCUACCUAGUCACCGCCGAGUUCCAGUUUCGACGACCCACAACUGACAUGAUUCGGGGUCGAAUUGCCACGAUCCUAUUCCGCGAAGGCAUGAGACUGCCACCUCCGAUCAUGAAUGCUUUGAUUGAAGGAUGUAACGGGGACAUCCGUCAAAUCAUCAACAUGAUCUCGACCAUCAAGCUUGAUAACAAGGAUCUGGAUUUCAACGAUACCAAGGCUAUGGCCAAAGCCUGGGAGAAACACGUUAUUCUGAAACCAUGGGAUAUUGUGAGCAAGAUCCUUCGACCACAGAUGUUUGCUCCUAGCUCCACGGCUACCUUGAACGACAAAAGCGAGUUAUACUUCAACGACCAUGAGUUCAGCUACUUGAUGCUGCAGGAGAACUACCUCAAAACUCAACCCAGUCUUGCCUCCUCCUACCAUGGCAGAGAACGCGACAUGAAGUUGUUGGAACUGGUUGACAAUGCUGCUUCGAGUAUCAGUGAUGGUGACCUGGUCGAUAGGAUGAUCCAUGGUUCACAGCAGCAAUGGAGUCUGAUGCCGCUGCAUGCAAUCUUCAGCUUUGUGCGGCCCGCCAGCUUUGUCUAUGGCAAUUUUCAUAAUCAAGUCGGCUUUGCUGGCUGGCUUGGGCAAAAUAGCAAACAAGGCAAACUUUCUCGCUUCGUCAAAGAAAUCCAGGGUCAUAUGCGUCUCCGUGCGAAUGCCGAUCGGAAUGAAGUCCGGCAACAAUAUCUUCCUGCACUCUGGGACAAGACAAUUGGGACGCUCCAGGAAGAGGGUAAGGAAGCGGUGCAAGACGUGAUCGAUUUCAUGGAUUCAUACUAUCUGACCAAAGAUGAUUUCGAUGCCAUGCUUGAAUUGGGCGUGGGGCCGAAGGAUCAAGAGAAGGUCAAGAUAGACACGGCGACGAAGGCCACCUUCACCCGGCUGUACAACUCCCAGAGCCACCCUAUGCCAUUUGUCAAGUCCAGCAACGUUCUGGGCGUGGCAAAAGGAGCGGCGGCGAAGAAAGACAAACCGGAUCUGGAGGAGGCGGUCGACGAAUCCGAGCCGGACGAGGUUCUUGGACCCGAUGUCGAGCCUGCGGAGGAGGAAGAUGCAGAACUGGACUUGAAGAAAGACAAGUAUAUCAAGGCGCCCAAGAAGAAGACCGCCGCAGCAGCAGCCAAGGGGAAGGGCAAGAGAAAGAAGGCCGAUGAGGAUGAAAACGGCGACGAGAGUGAAGAACCGCCGAAGAAGAAAGGCGCAGGUGGUGGUCGAGGCGGGAGGAAGGGAAAGGGUAAAGUUUGA